GAAAUGGCCAGCAAUGAACUGAAAGAGAUCCGCAAAGCCAUGACCAAGGAGGCUAUCCGGGAGCAUCAGAUGGCCAAAACUGGAGGGACCCAGACAGAUCUUUUCACUUGUGGCAAGUGCAAGAAAAAGAACUGCACCUACACUCAGGUGCAGACCCGCAGUUCGGAUGAGCCAAUGACAACCUUUGUGGUGUGUAACGAAUGUGGAAAUCGCUGGAAGUUCUGCUGAAAACCUCACCGAGGGGAGCAGCCACAGCCGAUUCGGGGCCCAAGCUCUGCCACGGACUCCUGCCGUACCGCCAGCAGAUUAUUUUUUUUGUCCUGUUUUUGUCACCGAGUUUGCUUUGUGCUCUGUACAUCAUCCAGGUGAGGAGGGCCCCGGCUGCCUGCACACCUGUAG